AUGUCACGUCAGGUUCGUGGGGUGGUGCUUUUAAAGUCGGGUCAAGGCGAGAUGAAGUUCGGUGCACUUGCGUAUGGAGCUGCGCUCGAAGAUAGCGGUUGGAAUCGAGGUGGGACCAUUGCGCGCCGCGCCAGCGAUUGCAAUUCGCUUAACGUAGCUGAAUUUGUCAUAGUUCAUCUUGUUACUGUGAGUGAUGGUCUUCCCUUCUACCUUGUUGGUCGGGUCCAUCAAGCACUUUACACAUACCUGACCUGUACAGUUGCGAUGUGCGUUUUUGAACGUUGUUUUGCUACGAUUUUUAUGCACACCUAUGAACAUUGGCGACCAUGGAACGCUGUGCUGGGAGCUCAAAUAAUUGCGGGUAUUGUGAUCUACAUCAAGCUCGAUCUAAUGAAACGUGAUCACCUUUUAGAGGAGAUUCUUCAGUUCGCCAUUUCUAUGAUUAUAAUUGUGAUGCUUGUUUUUCUUCUUUACAUGAAUGUACGAUUGACGCAACUACUUCAAGGCGGUAAUGGACGAUUGUCGACACGUUAUCAGUUAAUUGAAAACAUAAAGAUUCUAAGGCUACUGGUUCCUGUGGUGGUCUUUGACACUACAGUAUGUGCGGUGGAUCUAAUUGGAGCCGUUUUCUUCAAUAUUCAGCCAGCUUUUAAUAAAAUUGAUUGUUCAAAUAGUGCAUUUUAUUUGCCUGCAUACUUCGUAUUUCGCUUGAUUUCAAUCUCUAUGGAAUGGUUUAUACCAAUUUCCAUAAUUUAUCAGCAGCCCACACCUGUGCACUUCAACAUUUGUUUAAGGAAAAUGAGAAUUAAAUGUUGUUUUAAUGUCGCUCCAAAAAAGAUCAGAAAUGUACUCGGCACCGAAAUACAAGCUUCAAGUCAUCAGGUCAAUUACUUCGAUCAGCUACAAAAACAAUGGUCUUCAUCCGUUCCGUCGAAAAGGAAGAAAGAUUGUGUCGUACCUUCGCAGACUUUUUCCGAAAAGUCAGCAGAUAUUGGAAGUUUUUAUACUUUCUCAGAAGGUUUCAUGAAAGCUGUAGUUGGAGCAUUGGACAAUAAUACAAAAACGGAGAUUUUAAAUGCUGUCAAAUCUUAUACGUCCAAAAAUGUCUUAUGGAACUACGCAUGGUCAAAUAGCGUAUUUUUAUGUAUUUUUCUUAGUUCAAUAUUGGUUGCUUUUAUAAUAGUUUUGUGUUUUAUUGUUAAACUCUGCAUGAAGUGCUUUGCUCGUAAAAAGAGAUUCAAUCGCUGCUUCAUAGUAGUGUUUUGGAGUUGGGCUUCGCGUUUUCAAGGAGCCCAUGAUAUGCGAUAUUUCAUGGCUUUGUCUUCAGCCGAUCAUUCAUACUUCGAAGAUUACUCGAAGGCAUAUUUCUGCAGUGUAAAUGUAACUGAAGAGAUUGUUAUGAAAUCGUUAAAAAAGCAACAUGAACCAGUGUAUUCGUCCUUAAAAAACUACACAAAACUUGUUCAGGCGUAUGUGUCAUCUAAAGGAUUGCUGAAUCAUGUACUGUACAUAACGAUGAACUGUAACAGUUCUGACCGGGACGGUUUGAAAAAGUAUCUUGAACAGAAGAUGAACAUGACCAAACAUGAGAUCUUUCUUCCCAACGCAUUGGCAACAUUGAAAGCUAUUCAUACUACCGAAAAGUCAGUCAAAACAAUUUUUUCUUCGUAUCGUCAAAAAUUGAAACAACUGUUCAUAGAAUUAGAAAAGAAAACGACAAAUAUUGAGGAAAAAGUGGCUGAUUUUAUUGUAAGCAAUGAAUUUUCCUUCCGUUGGUUGUUGGUUAUUCGACUUAUUCUGAUUCUUCCCAUCGUACUUAUUCUGGAGUGCUUAAUCUGUUUUCUUGGUUUGAUAGUCUACUCGAUUAGCACAUUCGUGGGAGACUUCUCUACUUCGGGUUCUGUCAGUGUUCGAAUAAAGUGCUAUAGGAUUGGCGGUAAAAUACUAGAAUUCCUCGGAUUAAUUGCAAUGCCUACUUCAGCAUGCUUCUUUGCAGCAACCGGCUUCUUGCUAUACACUGGGUAUUCGUCGGUGCUGGUGUGCAAUUCAUUUACCGAUCACAACUUUGACGAGUACAAAUCUGUUUUUAUAAAUUUCGACACCAAACAUAGUGAAGAAAUAAAAGUUGAGCUAAGGGAAGUUUUCAAAAAAUGCCAGCAAAUGAUCCCCUUUUAUGAUGCUAUGCGAUUGAAACAUCUCUUGCCUCAAACACCUCAGCAACAGAUCAGAUCAGCCCCAUUAUCCGUAGGCGUUAAAGGAAUAUUUGAUUCAACUCUCACCGAGGACCUGAACCAUAUGUUAGAACAUCUAGAACAUUUGAAGAAAUAUUCAAAAGUCAAAGAGUUGGCAUCGGACAAAUGUCUUGGAGAUAAUGCGCAAUCUCUCAAAAAAUCGCUUUCUCAAGUCGAAAGGUAUACAAAAACGCUUCGUGGAGGGAUCCGAGAGUUAAAAGUCACAGGACUUUCACCUAUGCUUGUAAAUGAGAUGAAAUAUCCUAUAGACAAACUUAAGAGCGAUGUUCACAUUUACAAGAAUACAGAAGAAUUUACUAGAAAUCUUAUCGCUACUGUUAAUGAUGAGCUGCACUUACACUCUAUUGGCUGCGCCGAACUGACAGCCGGCGUGGAAGUUUGGAGGGCGUUUUGCUAUGACGUUCCACCAUAUCUACAAGGGAUAUUUGUCGUUUGUGGACUUACUGCUAUCGUUUCCAUUCACGUUUUCUCUGCAAUAUUCAAGGCGGCGAACUUUGUUAUGCCGAUUGAGAACUCCGGUAGAGUAUCUCUCUCUAGGGAAAGAAGACGUAGCGCCGGUGCUUCACAGAAGAAAGAACCUAGAAAACGUCCCUCUAAAGAUACUAAUCCUGUCCGGGUCCGGAAAUCCAUACAGAAGGUUCUGGGAGGUGAUGAACAUCAUGACAGCCAGAAAGACGCCUUCUUGUCUACACCUAGUAAAACUGCUCUAGAUGAUGAUGCUACAGAGUUGUACCAUAAGGAUCGACUUUCUGACAAGAAGGAUAAAGAAAACAAGCCAUCCAGUAAGAGCAAGCAAAAUGAAAAUUGUGAUUUUUAUAAAUGA